GGGCGGGCGGAGGCAGCCAGGCCGGCCGGAGCGUGUGCGCCGCCCGCGGUCCGGUCACGUCCCCGCGCGGGUGCUGCCACCCGCGUCGUGCGGAAGGAGGGCGCCAAGGCUCGCGCUCACUGCCCCGCCCCGCCGGGAGCAGGUCGCAGAUGCACAGUGUCGCGGCCAGGAGGUGAAGGGCCGGAUGCACAGCAGGGAGCAGGAGCAGCCCGAGGCAGGGGGGCCAUUGGGAGCGCUGGGCCCUCCAGCCGUGCUUAGCAGCAUCGCCACAGCAACCGGCAACCAGACAGCAGAAGCCUAGGCAGGCACAAGAGGACGGCUUCCCACCGUGGCUGAGGACAGGGAAUGACUACAGCAAAUCAGGCCACAGAACUGACAAGGGAGGUGGAGUGUCACUAGAGGGGAGGGCGCAGCCACCGCCCCGCUGCACGAAGCACCAUGCGGGCUGGAGAAGAGGCGCUAGGGCAGGGGCUACAGUGUGACAUGGUCUUGCCCCCCAGCUGUCACUGAGGGCUCCUAGGGCAGCUGGCUCCUGUUUGCCAGGUGCACCAGACCACGUUUCAGCAUCCCUCACUGAGGCUGAGUCCUGCUUGGUGGUAAGAGGGGGAGGCGUACAUCCCGUGCUCCCAAAUCUGGGCCUGCCAGCUGCCGGACCAUGGGAUGUCGGCAAAGCUCAGAGGAGAAAGAGGCAGCGCGGCGGUCCCGGAGAAUUGACCGCCACCUGCGCUCAGAAAGCCAGCGGCAACGCCGCGAGAUCAAGUUGCUCCUGUUGGGCACCAGCAACUCUGGCAAGAGCACCAUCGUCAAGCAGAUGAAGAUUAUCCACAGCGGCGGCUUCAACCUGGAGGCCUGCAAGGAGUACAAGCCCCUCAUCAUCUACAACGCCAUUGACUCGCUGACCCGCAUCAUUCGGGCCCUGGCGGCCCUCAAGAUCGACUUCCACAAUCCAGACCGAGCAUACGAUGCCGUGCAGCUCUUCGCUCUGACUGGCCCGGCCGAGAGCAAGGGUGAGAUCACGCCUGAGCUGCUGGGUGUCAUGCGGAGGCUGUGGGCUGACCCUGGGGCUCAGGCCUGCUUUGGCCGCUCCAGUGAGUACCACCUGGAGGACAAUGCAGCCUACUACCUGAACGACCUGGAACGCAUCGCUGCACCUGACUACAUCCCCACCGUGGAGGACAUCCUGCGUUCCCGGGACAUGACCACGGGCAUUGUGGAAAACAAGUUCACCUUCAAGGAGCUCACCUUCAAGAUGGUGGACGUGGGUGGCCAGAGGUCAGAGCGCAAAAAGUGGAUCCACUGCUUUGAGGGUGUCACAGCCAUCAUCUUCUGUGUGGAGCUUAGCGGCUAUGACCUGAAGCUCUAUGAAGAUAACCAGACGAGUCGAAUGGCAGAGAGCCUGCGCCUUUUUGACUCCAUCUGCAACAACAACUGGUUCAUCAACACCUCACUCAUCCUCUUCCUGAACAAGAAGGACCUGCUAGCGGAGAAGAUCCGACGCAUCCCGCUCACCAUCUGCUUCCCUGAGUACAAGGGCCAGAACACGUAUGAAGAGGCCGCUGUCUAUGUCCAGCGGCAGUUUGAGGACCUGAAUCGCAACAAGGAGACCAAGGAAAUCUACUCCCACUUCACCUGUGCCACCGACACCAGUAACAUCCAGUUUGUCUUUGACGCGGUGACAGAUGUCAUUAUACAGAACAAUCUCAAGUACAUUGGCCUUUGCUGAGGAGCCAGACCUGGCCCACUCGCCUGUAGUGAAACCCAUGGGGUGUCACACCUCUACUCGUGCUAGAGAGGCCCAACCCAGGGGCAGAAAACGGGGACCUAAAGAAUGUCCCCCUCCUGCUCCCCGACCUCUGCCUCCUUGGCCCCACAUUUCUGCAAACAAAUAUAUAUGGAUAGAUUGCUAGAUAGGUAGACA